ACCAGCGCCGCCCUGGGGAGAGAGAGAGCGAGGGAGAGAGAGAGAGAGAAAACCAAGCCCCCCUCCUCCACCCCUUCACACUCCCCACCUAACAACAACCUCAGCCCCGCAGCUAGGCUCUCUCAGAACGACCCCACCCCGCCCCCAACCCCCCUCUGAGAGAGGGGACGGAGCGAGACACACUAAGGAAGAAGAAGAAAAAGGAGGGGGAAAAAAUCGAAGAAGACCGCUUCGGGUUGCCCUCAAUCCGGGCCUACUAAUGCUGUAGCGGCGAGAGGAAGAGCGACGACAACGCACUGAUUGAGGAGUCGGCGUCGCGGGGUGGACCAAGGCGGAACCCGGAGGGGAACACGACGCUAGUUCAUUCGCUUGCUCGUCACCAUCAUGGGAUGUACGCUGAGCGCCGAGGAGCGAGCCGCUCUGGACCGGAGCAAGGCCAUCGAGAAGAACCUGAAGGAGGACGGGGUGGUGGCCGCCAAGGACGUCAAGCUGCUGCUGCUCGGCGGUGGAGAGUCCGGCAAAAGCACCAUCGUCAAACAAAUGAAGAUCAUCCACGAAGAUGGCUUCUCCGGGGAUGACGUGAAGCAGUACAAACCUGUGGUCUACAGCAACACCAUCCAGAGUUUGGCAGCCAUCCUGCGAGCCAUGGACUCGCUGGGAAUCGAGUUUGGAGACAAGGAUCGAAAAGCGGAUGCUAAGCUAGUGUGUGACGUCGUGAGUCGCAUGGAGGACACUGAGCCAUACUCUGCGGAGCUUCUCUGCGCCAUGAAGCGCGUUUGGGCUGACGCCGGGACUCAGGAGUGCUUCAACCGGGCCCGCGAAUACCAGCUCAACGAUUCGGCCCAAUACUACCUGGACAGUUUAGACCGGAUCGGGGCUGCAGACUACCAGCCCACAGAGCAGGAUAUUUUGAGAACCCGAGUGAAGACCACCGGCAUUGUGGAAACUCACUUCACCUUCAAAAACCUCCAUUUUAGGCUCUUUGACGUGGGAGGUCAAAGGUCGGAAAGGAAGAAAUGGAUCCACUGCUUUGAGGAUGUGACUGCCAUCAUUUUUUGUGUGGCCCUGAGUGGUUAUGACCAGGUGCUCCAUGAGGAUGAAACAACUAACCGCAUGCACGAGUCCCUCAUGCUGUUCGACUCCAUCUGCAACAACAAGUUCUUCAUCGACACCUCCAUUAUCCUUUUCCUCAACAAGAAGGACCUCUUUGCGGAGAAGAUCAAGAAGUCGCCGCUGACGAUCUGUUUUCCCGAAUACACAGGUGCUAACACUUACGACGACGCCACCGCAUACAUUCAGGUUCAGUUUGAGAGUAAGAACCGAUCUCCCAAUAAGGAGAUCUACUGUCACCUGACCUGUGCCACGGACACAGGGAACAUCCAGGUAGUGUUCGAUGCUGUCACCGACAUCAUUAUCGCAAACAACCUGAGAGGGUGCGGCUUAUACUGAGCACGGCCGUUCUUGCAGAGAGUGUGAGGCGUUAUAUCAUUUUCAUGGUACUUUAAAAAAAAAAAAAAUUACACACAACAGAAAAAUAUGUAAUUCAACACGUCCGAAAUGGACCCAAAGAGCUGCCACCAGAUAUGUCGGAUUCAUGUUAUGAUUUUGUUCCCUUCCUCUUCUCACGAGUUCAUGAGCCCCAGUUUUGUCUUUGAGUGUUUGAAUGGUUUGCUGAUGAGCGUAUACAAACAACCAAGGGGGGG